AUGCCUUACAAACAGUGGUACGAAGAUCUUGAGCAGAUCAAGCGUCGGUGCAGGCAGAGCGGCACUCUUUUUGAAGAUCCAGAGUUUCCUGCGAUCGACAGCAAAGUCUUCAAGAAGCGAGUGUUACCUGGUGGUCAGUCGUUCGAAUGGCUUCGACCUCAGGUACGAUGACAAACAUUGUUUUGCUUCUUAUCACAGUAUCUAUGGUUUUAUUUGGUUCUGGAGAGUGUUAAAACUCUUGUUUGUCACAACAAGUUUAUUUUGAUCGGGGAAGCUUUACUAUAUUGUAGUGAAGGGCUCGUAUGACUUCUUCAAUACCAAUGAUAUUUUGCAGCGUGACUCGCGGUGCUUUUGCUCUUAACGUUCUUUUAAAAUCUCGUCUUCAAAUUCUGCUGGGUAUUCAGCUAGCUCAAGGUUUCCCAUAGCUUUUCUCUCUGUAACUCAGGAAACAUUUACAUUAAAUAUAUUCGCACGCCAUUCAUUUCAUAAAAGUUAAAUGUAUGUAAAGAAUAAUAAUUUUCUGUGGUCGGCGGAGCUCUUUUGAAUUUUGGUGACAAUUAUUUCGCAUACUUAAAAUAGCGUCAUUUGGAUCCCAAGAGAGAAAAGUCGGCAUCGACCUGCAACGAAAAAAAAAUAUUUCAGACGAAACAAAACAUUCCGGUUGAAUUGAUCAGCUAUUUAAGCAAAGCAUGUUAAGUGAACUUCUGUGGAGAAUGCUCUGGAACACUUAGCUCGUGAUAGCAAUAUUCACAGUUAAUUUUUCAUCAGAGAAUUUACAUGAAGAAGGCAAUUCUCGUACUCCAUCUACUGAGGGAUUCUUUUGGCAACCUCACUUUUUGUGAGGCUCAUUAACACUCGUGGAGCAACAUGUGUUGUUAAAUGCCAAUCUCUCGGAGUUUGAAUCAUUGCCACCUAUUGUUCCCAUUACGAUUCUCUUCCCUAGAGCAAAGAAAAAUGCUAAUUACCACGAGUAAAAUUCCAUCAACGUGCGAUUUGCAUGUUUUGUUUGUAACUUGAAUUGACAAUUUAUCAUCAUAAAAAUCCUUUGUGUUUCUGAGAAAAAAAAACUUCUUUGUGCAUUCUUUGUUGUUCAGUUGUUAGAUAGUGCAUCAUCCGAUUACUUACUCGAAGAGGACUUCGUAUCGAUUUCAUUUGGCGCCUUUAGUUUUUAGAUCCAAAUAGUAUAAUCUGUCACGCAACAAGAGAAGGGAAAUCUUCUAGAUACUUAGGUUUUGGAACAUCUGAAAUGUGAUUUUUUGAAUAAUAGAAGGAAUUAAAAGAUCAGUCUUGAAAAUUUAACCAUCAAAAGCCUUGUCAACCUCAUUUGUUUUCAAUCAAAAGUAAGUCACAAUGGUUAACCCUUACACCCUAACAUCAGUAUGCACAUUCUCUACACUGUUCUCUAUACAUUUUCUGAAGUGCUAAGAAGGAGAGUUUGUUUAACAAUUAAGAGCUGUUUUAGUUGGUGAUCAUUUUCAUUAUUCAUGUGACCUUUUUGUAUGAUUCAGUGGGGGACUUUGUAACGAGAAAUUAGAUAUUGGUCACUCCUUGGAGUUGAAAGGUUUAUUGGACUUUCACCUGAACCAUAUGGCUCUCAAUUAAGCAUAUUAGUACUAAUAUGAGCCACUGAAACCUUUCUAUGCAGACACUGGGCAGCAAUAAUAGCCUAUUCUCAUGAAUAGGCACUUGAUUAAAGUAUGCUAAAAUUGGCUCUGCCCAACUCAAUUUGUUAAAUAUUCAACAAAUGCCAGCGUGGUACUGAAAUAUCACAACCCUGACAUAUAUGGAAUAAGCUUAAUGGAAUUUAUAUUUGGUAGUGGUUGUAUUAUGGCUUCAGUGAGUGCAUUUUCUUCAAAUUUAUGAACAUUUAAUUUUCUUUUCAAAGGAACUGUUGGACGCCCAGGAAUCAAGGGAAAAGGCAGAAUUUGUGGUGGGUGGAGCAUCCCGUCUUGAUAUCAAUCAGGGCAUGCUGGGAGAUUGUUGGUUGCUAGCAGCCAUUGCAUCCCUAACACGAGAGGAUGGAUUGAUGAACAAGGUCAUUCGAUUGGACAAAUAUGACAAGUUUGGCAGCCCUGGUUACUGUGGUGCUUUUCAGUUCAAUAUUUGGCAAGAUGGGCAUUGGGAGGAAGUUAUCAUCGAUGACCGCCUGCCAACAUACAGGAAGAAACUGGUGUUCAUGCACUCCAAGGAGAAAAAUGAGUUUUGGUGUGCCUUGUUGGAGAAAGCAUAUGCCAAGUAGGUGUUCUUCUCUGCAUAAGUAAAAAAAAGAUUCUGGUCAACUCAUUUCACAUUUUGACCCUAAGAGUGACUAGCAUUCAUUUUCUCCUUACAGUAUCCCUCCUCAAUCACACAUUGAGGUCAUGAGAAUGAAAAAAAUGAUCACUAACUAAAGAAGCUUUUGAUUGUUAAACAAAUUCUCCUUAUCAGUAUCUUAGGAAAUGUACAGAUUACAGUAAGGAGAAAAUUCACUCAGAUGUGACUUUGUAUAGGAUAAGGUAUUCCUGGAGGCUUAAUGGACCUUUUCAUGAUGCAUAUUUAAAAUUUGUUGUUAAAUAAGCCAGCUUAGAGAGUUUGGAAAAUGUCCCAUUCCCGAAGUAAAGUAAUUUUGUAAGCUUCACCAGUCUAUCUAACAAAUUUGACAGAUUUCCUCUUACUGAGGAAGUACUUAGUUAUCAAUAUAUAUGUUGAGUAUGUUGAGUCUCUGACAGACUUUUCAGUAAUGUCUUUUGACAUAUUUCCUUAGGUUACAAGGUUCGUAUGAAGCCCUCAAGGGAGGUCAAACAAUUGAAGCUAUGGAAGACUUCACUGGUGGACUGGGAGAAGACUUUGAUUUUAAGAAGAUAAAGACUGAAAGUGAGAGGGAGGACUUGUGGAGAGUCAUUGAAAAGGGCUUAAAACGAGGUGAUCUCAUGGGCUGCUCCAUCACUGUAAGUAUAAUCAUUUAAGUAAUUGUUAAAAAAAACUAAUUUUUUUUUUAUUAAAAAAAAACUUAGAUUUGAUAAGUGUUGUUCUUUUCAGAGAACAUCAUUGCAUGUUUGGAGGAAGAGUGUGUCAUCACUGACUUAAAACUAGAAUCCUUUCUUUUGUCUUUCUUGAAUAUUUCAGUUAUGGAUUGUGCUUUAGCAAUCUCAUCACCAUCAAGUCUGUCUCUUUUUGAGAGGAUAUCAAGCCUUUAGUUCGAAAAGAUGUUCUCUUUAAGAGGCUUAACACUUUAUUAUUGCUCAAGCCCCUAAAAGCCUGUGUGAAGAAACACACUUGUUGAGAUCAAACAAGUGAUUGCGCCCAACAGGGGAGGGAUGGGAAAGAUUACAAACAAAGAGAAAAAUUCUUGUGUGUGAACAGAGUAAAAGAGAAAUAGAAGCAAAUUUUCACAAGCAAAGGACAAUGAACAAAUUCUGAGUACCCAUGUCCCCAAAGGUCUGUGGUUGGGUUUUUCACGGCCACUCUGGAAUUUUUCCUGUCCUGUGCCAAUGACAGGUGAAAAAAGUCCCUCUCAAAGAAAAACCUUGUGACACUAUUCCCCAUGUGAUGUCCUUCCAGCAGUAUAUAAUCCCUCUUACUAUGUGCUUUACUAUGAAAGUACCUAAAUUAAAAUCAUGCAUGCCAGUGAGACCCAUUUCUCAUUUUAUUGCUAUCAUUUCGAUGUAUAAAUUACUGAUUCAAUUGCAAGGUGGCUUGUUGGUGUAAACAUUGAGCAUUCUUUAAUGUGUCAGACCAACAGUAUGUUAAAAGUAAUUUUUUAAAUUUUUUUUUUUAUUUAAUAGGCUGCACCCAAUCAGAUAGAAGCUAAAGGUGACUUGGGAUUGGUUAAAGGUCAUGCAUAUUCUGUGACUGGAGCGACCACUGUAAGUCAUCUUCAACAACAAUCUUGUGACAUGUUAUUCUUGUACAACUGUAUACUUAAAUGUAUCACCAAUGCUAGCUUGUUUCCAAGGGAAUUAAAUUACUUUGUGACCAUUAAAUUAUUUAUUAUUUAUUUAUUAUGAUGAUAGAAUUGGAAACACUCAAAGCUGCCUGGUUUUACUUCUUAUAAUGUCAUUAAUGAAAAUGAUUCCUUUUCUGUUCUGUACAGGUUAAUUAUCGUGGUCGAGGAACAAAGUUGGUCCGUGUGAGGAAUCCCUGGGGUAAUGAGAGAGAAUGGGAAGGAGCUUGGGGUGAUAAGUAAGUGCUCCUGUUUUGCAAAUUUCUGUGCGUGUCUCGUAGUGCUGCCAAAAUCUCAGAGAUAGAAUAACAAAGUAGUAACAUAGACCAGUGAGAUGUGACUUAAGAGCCUCAAGCAGUAAUAGGUUGGGAUUUAGAAGGGAGAUUCUAGAGGAAAGAAGCCGUGUUUUUUUUUUUCCAUGUGGUGGGAUUGGCUUUCAGGGGUAAAUUGAUUGAGGGUGAAGUGAGUGAAGAGCUUCACAGAAAGGACGCUGAUUUACUCUGGAAAGUUAGACUUUUUAAUUAUUUAGCCUAAGAGUCUGUUGCUUUUGUCAGUCUUUUAACAAAACAGUGUAACCUGGUGAUGUUCCUAAAGAAUUUCUGGUGGGUAUUGGGAUAGUGGAAAUAGGUUAAGCUUCAAUUGGGAAGUAACUUAUUAAAUCAGUUGGUUGGGAUGUAACCUGUGAUCAGGAGCUAAUUUUUCAGGUUAGGGGAGUAGUGUUGUCAUGCAAGAGUCAGCAGGCUUGCACUGUUACACUGUCAUGCUCCUCUACAUAAAGGAUGUGUAUAGUGUAGAAAUAGGGAAUAAGGAAUUUUUGAGGAAACAAGGUAGAGGGAUCGUAUUUGUGUCAGAGAACUCUAAUAGAAACGUGAUCAUACAGGUACAUUUACAUGUGAAUCAGGUUUGAGUGAACAGAGGAGUUUGUUUUUUAUGGGAAUUUCGCAUUAUCUUGCAUUUUUUAAUGCAGAAUCUUUGAUUGGGAGUGGAGAAAGGUAAAUGGAUAAUUUACUUCUUGUGGAUGCCAAUACCUUAUUUUAAGGUUAGAGUGAUUGGCAUAUAAUUGUUUAUUUCUGUCCUAUAGAUCCAGUGAGUGGAAAGGGCUGUCUGAAUCAGAAAAAAGGGAUAUGAAGCUGAGUUUUGCAGACGAUGGUGAAUUUUGGUAUGUUAUUGAUGCUUGAAACUCCUUUUUAUCUCCUCAUGUAGAAUUUUCAGUUGAUUGCUUAAUUAUGAAUCCAAGAGCUUUAAUCCUUGAAUUCUCAGAGGUGAUCAACAUGUAACCUCUCCCAUCAAUAUCUGAACAUUAUACAGCAAACAGAUAAUGAGAAUACUCAAAAUCAUCAGGUAGAGGCUACCUGUAUCUUGAUCUAACACCAAAUUCUCAUAACUGAUUUACAAGGAAAGCUGUAGGAUCUGGAUGGAUGGCUGGCUGGAUGUGGGAGGGAUAUGGUUGAGCUGGUAUUGGGUGCAUUGCUCACCGAAAAAAAGUUUUCCAAGAUUGGUGAGCUGAAAAAGCAAAGAGACCAUUUGAAGGAACAAUUCUUUCACCAGAAAAAAAUGAAUAAAAACCACUCUCCAUGAAGCUCUCUAGGACCAUUAAAAAGUAAUUAAUGAUAAUAAAAGAAAAACAAGCAAAUUUAAUUUUAUUAAUGCUUGAGUCAGAAGUGUCUAGAAAAAUUAGGAAUGAAUGGAGGUGGAUAAGUUGGUCAUUCUCAGCUUUUAACGCUGAGAACAUGUGAAACAACAAUCUCACAACUCCAGCACUCAAAUUACUUGUUCGUGUUACACGUAUAUUUUUGCACCAUGGGUGAAAUAACCUGUGAUGGACAAGCAUCUAUCACUUCAUGCUACAGAAACAGGGAUAAGAUCUGCUGGAUGGGGCUCUUGUUUCAAACCUAACCUCAUAUAUUUUUUGUCACUUUCUCUCUUCUAUACAGGAUGUCUUUUGAUGAUUUCACCACAUAUUUUCACAAACUGGAAAUUUGCCACUUGGGCCCAGACAGUGCUAAAGGGGGUGGGGACCAUGGUUGGGAAGGAAGGGUAGAAAAAGGUGCUUGGAUUCGCGGUUCCUCUGCCGGUGGUUGUCGCAACUUUCUGAAUACAUUUGCCCAGAAUCCCCAGUUCAGGUAAAGAUUUUUUUUUUCUACAACAUACAUGUUCAGAAUAUUCUUAAUUCACUCAUUUUUUUGUGGUAUUUUCAGAUGUACCGGUAGUUUUACAUUUGAUGUGAAAACAUUUUAAGGAUCCUGGUCAACCAAACUCUUAUUUUUGGUUAUCAAUUAAAAAAAAAAAAUCAAUAAUGAUAAAUGAUGAAUAAAGCACUCAUUAUGUAGAGGGGUUUGUUACUUUACUGGCAAGAGUGAUGAGCAUCUAAUUUCCCCCAACAGUAUAACCAUGAAUCAAAUAUUAACAUCAGGAAAAUAGAAGAAAUGAUACAUUACUCCUGAAGCUCUUGAUUUUUAGACAAAUUCCCCUUGUAAGUACUCUGGGAAUUGUGUUGAGAAAAACAUGGAGAACUUGAAUACUGAUGUAAAGGGUUAAAUCCCCAUAUUAAAAUCUCAAGAGGUGAUAUCCUCAAGGUAGUUUUCAGUCAUUCUUUAUAAUCCUAUAUAUGUUCUGGAUCAAUUUCAGUAUCUGACCAACUGCACACCUACCCCUACCCCUACCCCUACCCCUACCCCUCCCCUAACCUCACAACAGUCAACUGAUGACAGGUCAGGCUCAAUUUUGGUUUAGGGGAGGGGUAGGUAAGCAGUUGCUCAUAUACUGAUAUUGAUCCUCCUUUCCACUCUAAUCAAGGGUUGAUCUGGAAGAUACUGAUGAUGAUGCAGAUGAUAAAUGCUCCUUGACUGUGGCACUUAUGCAGACCAAGCGUCGCAAAUUGAAGGCAGAGGAAGGAAAGCCCAUGUUGACUAUUGGCUUCUCCAUUUACAAGGUGAGUGUGUUGAAAUUAGUCAACUAAAUAAAUGAAAUAUAGACUCUAUCAAUUAACUUUUGACCAUGUAGUGAUGGACGAGCCACUGUGAAUACAUACUUGUAAAUAUCAUAUUUUGUUGUUUUCAUUGUAUCAGGUCACAGAUGAGGAUUUGAAAGGUGGAAGAGCUGAUCGAAACUUCUUUGCUUACCAUGCCUCCACAGCCCGGUCUCCAGUAUUUAUCAACAGCCGUGAAGUGACUGGACGGUAUACACUUGAUCCUGGCUCUUAUCUUAUUAUUCCAACCACGUUUGAGCCGAACCACACUGGUGAAUUUAUUGUACGAAUCUACUCUGAAAAACCUGUCAAGACAGAGUAUGUCGCUCUUUGCUUUGUGCUCAUUAAUGCGCUCUUUGCUUUCUUAUUGUAACGUGUGGAAUUCUUAGGUUAAUUGUUUAGAGAAAUUUUCAAUAGAACUGUAGAUUACAUUGGGGGUUUUUUUUAUUUCUGUGCUUUGUGAUCAGUUAUGCCAUCUCUAUGCAACCAAUCAAAUUCAAAACCAAAAAAACCAAUCACAACUUCAUCACCCUUGUUUUCCAAGCUUUGGUCAGUCUGUGUACUUUCACGUUUUAACCCUUUAACUCCCAAGAUCUUAAUAGUAAUUCUCCUUACUGUCUGCCAAAUAAUUCUCAUCAUGUUAGUUUGGAGAAUUUGGUAUUGCAUCAAUUAGAAAUCCCAUAAUUGAUAUUUUUCUUAAUCACCAUCACUUGUGUGCAUGAUAUUGUAUACAUAUAGUAAGGAGAAAUUCUGUCUUGGUCGCUCAUGGGAGUUAAAGGGUUAAUCCUCAUUGGCUAGUUGUGAUAUUUUCCUUUCUUCCGACUAGCCAUUACUUUGAUUUUAGUUUUACUCAGUUAAAAUGAGCUCUUGUGACACAGAGUUACAGCAGUGUAAUGAAAAUUGGUAGUGGUGAUGGAAAAUGCCUCUUCUUUAGUGCUCUCCCUUUUGAAGUCAUAGUUUUUUUUUAGCUUAAGUACAAUCUUCUUCUUUUGAUAAAGCUGUGUGCAAAUUUUUAUUCACUUUGAAUAAACCCUCUGAGUGACUAGCAUCCAAUUUCUCCUCACAAAAUCACCACUGAAUCCCACAUCAUGUCAUGGGAAUAAAGCAAAUGAUCGCCAACCGAAGAAACUCCUGAUUGUUAAACAAAUUCUCCGCAUCAGUACCCUCGGAAAUGACUUAAGAACAGUGUGGAGAAUAUGCACACCGAUUUUAGGGUAUAAAGGGUUAAGAUUAGAAACACCAAGCGUUAAAAUGUAAAAGCUUAUCACAUAACUUUUAAGCGCAUGUCGCCAAAUUAACGAUCAGGUCUUCCCAGGAAAUGAAGUCGUCACUUUUUCAUCUUCUUCCGUUUAACCCUUUAAGUCCCAGAGCUGAUUCACCUGAAACUUCUUCCUAUAUUAUCCAUACAUUAUCUAGCAAACAGGCAAUGAGAAUACUCAAACUUAUCAGGUAGAAGUUGUUAUCUUGAUCUAGCACCAAGUUCUUGUAACUGCUUUAUAACGAAAUGUGUAGCAACUAGAGGGGAUAAUUAACUAUCAGAUCUUGAGAGUUUAAGGAUUAAAACAGUUAGGGUACAAAACACCUUGUUAGACUUGACCAUAGUGGGUUCAUUUUUUGUCUUAUUUCAGGAAAGUUGAUGUGAGGACAUCCAUUCAGUCCAGGGAUGAACGCAAAGCUAAAGUAAGUGCCUUAUGUUUGCUUACGUUUUCAAUGCUUUCAUCAUCAAAGCAUCCUUUCACGAUAUAAAAUACUUUGAGUGAUUUUUAUGUGCUUGAUACAAACCUUGAUGUAAUGUAUAGAGGCCAGGUUAGUGUUAGUUUUCAGUUAAGUGUGUCCCAGUACCAAGAAACGGUUAACAUCGACAUUCGCCAACGAGAAAACGAAGUCAAAACACAGAAACUGCCAAAAGCGCGGGAAAACUCAAAAUAAACACCAAUAAAAUACUUAAUCAUUUCACUGAAAUAUAUAUAUAUAUAUAUAUAUAUAUAUAUAUAUUUAUAUUUUUAAAAGUAGAACAACGUAUCACUAAAGUAGAUCGUGUCACCACCAAAACCUGGAAGAAGUGCACGGCCUGCAAAGUGUAAACGAAAUACGUUCCUCUUACGGUUCUCGUACCAUAUCGUAAAGGGUUUUAAUAUUAAAAUAAUGGCCUUUAGAAUUUUUGACUUCGGUAAAAAGGAGUCACAUCAAAAGGUGCGAUUUUUAUUUGAAAUCAAAGCAACAAAGAUCUUUCACGAAUGAAGAUAACAUGUGAAGAUCACAUGUUAUCUUCACGUGUGAAGAUAUCAUGUUUUCGUGGGAAAGCUCGCUUGAUAUUUUAUUGAUAUUAGUUUAACAAUUUGUUUUUUGCUGUAGCUGCACUUGUUAAGUUCACUGAUUGUACUUUGAUUUUUUCUUUCACACGGCAAAUAUUCCUGAAAAAGGUGUAAAAUACGUAUCAGAAAAUACUGUGAGUACUAGGGUACAGUUUGAUCUUUUCAGCAAAAAGUUAUUCAACUUCAAUCAUUGUAGAUAAUGAGGUGUACAUUAACACACCCGAGGAAACAAGAAAUGAAUUAAUUACAUUGCGAAAAUUUACCUAUCAGAGAUAAGUUCACUGCAUUGAUGAAAUUAUCAAGGAAAAUCAGUUUUUUUUACCUUAAUUUAGGAAUAUACUAAAAGUUAUUUCUACACUAGUCGCUUUUUGUCAGAAUCUCGCAGUUUUUCUUAUCAUCAUUAUUAUUAUUGUUGUUUUCCUUACAGUAUAGAUCAAGCCAAUCUAGUGAGGACAGCGACGCAGCGGAUGCUUCAUUUAAGCAGCUGUUCAAGAAGCUUGCUGGAGCUGUAUGUUGAUCAAUUUUAAAUUCUCUUUAAAAUUCCAAUUUACUGUAAAACACAGAGGUGGUGAGAAUUAAGAAAAUUGUCAACUAAUGAUUUUUUUCUCAGAUUUAACACCAAAUUCUUAUGCCAAGCCUAUAGAAGAAUGUAUUUUGAUCAUCUGAGAGAAUUCACUCUCUAAUCUUGGGAGUGAACUCGGAUGUUCCAGCUAGAGUAAAAAAGUAAUCACCUGAAAAACGUUUAUCUUGUGUGUUUUUGUGUAUUACUUUAGGACUUAGAGAUUGACGCGUUUGAGCUGCAACAGAUUCUUUCAACAGCAACAAGGAAGGGUAAGUAAAGUAGCUCUUGAUUUUUAAACAAAUUCUCAUUGCCAUUACUAUAGAAGAUGUAUAGAGACAGUAUGGAGAAGAUGCUUUUUUAUUUAAGUCUGAGAAGGGUUGAGGCUCAACAAAGAUAUUUGUUUUACUCUUUUUAUCCAGUUCUGGGUGGCAAGGAAUUUAGCGUAGAAGCAUGCAGGUAUGAUCAAAAGUGUUUAAUAAUAAAUGUUUUUUUUUUGAGGGAGCUUGGAUGGUGCAGUGGUGAGGGUGAUCGUUUCCCACCACUGUGACCCAGGUUCGAUUCCUGGACCUGACAUAACAUGUGGGUUGAGUUUGUUGCUUUGUUCGUCGUCCUUGGUCCGAGGAAGGGUUUUUUCUCUAUGGGUCCCUCGGUUUUCCUCCCUUCGCAAAAACUGACAUCUCAAAUUGCAAUUCGACCCGGAAACAGUGAACAAGAGGAGCCGCCUGGAAUGUCCAAUGCUAAAUUCCCAUUAAAAUCGAUAUUUAUUUGUUUAUUUUAUUCCCAUUUUGAAUAGGCGCUGCCGGCCUGUAUCUCUAUCUCUUGCUCGAAUUUCGAAAGCAAAAUACUGAGCUGGAAGUGUAUGUAGCCAUUAGAAUGAAUGGAAAAAUUCGUAAUGGUGUUCAAUGAUGCCAUGAUCCCACUCAAUUACGUUAUUUGUGACCUUGCAAUCCCACUCAUGUCCAUCGGUAUGGAUUUUUCAACAGUGUAAAUUGUGUUUUAUCAAAACUGACUCAAUUAAUUGAUGAAUUGAAUUUUUUUUCCACCCCAGGAGUAUUAUUGAUUUGAAGGACGUAUCCUAUUGUUAUAUGUUAGUUUAUAUUUUUAUCAGUUGAUAGCUUUUAAGUGAUCCUGGUCUGAAUUUUCUCUUGUCGUUUUAAAAGAUCUGAAUUGACAAAUAGGUUGAGUCUUCACGUUAAUUAAGUUUUCCGUGCCGUCUGGAACUUAAAUCCUUUAAACCCUAAGAGUGUCUGGCUUCUAAAUUCUCCUCACUGUAUUACCCUUGAAUCAAUCAUUCAGGAUCGCGAGAAUAAAGGAUGCUCUUGAUUGUUAAACGAAUUCUCCUUGCCAGCGUCCCAGGAAAUGUAUAGAGAACAGUAUGGAGACUUUGAAGGGUAGUGUUAGCUGCAAAGGGUUAAUCUGGUUUCUAAUGUGUGAAGAAACAAGGAGUAUUACCAGUCUCCUCAGUUUGGCUGCUUAUGAUAAACCAAUCGUUUCUUCCCCCUCCCUCUCCCUUCCCCCUUUUCCCCCCUCCCCCGCGUUUUAUCAGUGAGUUAGGAUGAUGGGAUGGUGAUCGUGAUAAUGAUGACAAUGAUUGGUGCGUUGGAGGAAUUGUGGCAUUAUAUAGUAUAUGAAGGGAGAAUAAAAUUGACCAAACCAUGCGGAAUGUUAAUCACAACAGUGAUAGUAAUCAGUGUAAAUUGAUCGGAUUGGGCAGAAUAGUAAUCCUUAACAAUGACUAGGAUGACAAGACUGGAAAGCUGGACUUUGACGAAUUCAAGGAAGUAUGGAUUCUGAUUAAAGAUCUGUUGGUGAGUAAAUUUACAGUUGAUCACAACUUGCGUUUGUCGAAAUAUCCCCCAUUUUUUGUAUCGAUCAAUCGCAAUCAGCAUAUCAGAAUUACUCUUUCAGGAAAGAUAACAGAAAAAUCCGUACGAUGGGUGCCGAGCCGCCUUAAAUUAUCGAGGUGGACUGGGGAGGGGGAUGAAGGAAAAUAAAUUGCGAUCAGUUCUUUUCGCGCCCAAAUCGAACAAGUAAAUCCAAGUGAAGUUCUCUACCUUGUCAUUACCUUUACAAGUUGCUCCUCCUUCGUUUUUGAUCAAGACGUUGCUUGUAUUUUGCAGAAAAUCUUCUCUGAGCAUGACGCAGACAACAGUGGUACCAUGGACAUGUACGAGCUGCAAUCAGCUCUUAAAAAGCAAGGUGAAGGCUUCUCUUUAUAUUUUUCGUUUCCAAACUAAUAUGUCAGUAUCGCAGGCAAAAAGCGUAUUGAAUUGUCUCCAAUUGUGGCUGAAUUACCUUGUUCUUAUGUUGAGCACAUUUUGGUAAAUUAAUAUUAGACCAAAUUCAAAUUACGCGCACUGGCCAAUCGGGACAAAGGUAAAUUACCCGGUUCGAUUUCUGCCCUUUUCUCUGGUUCAGUCUUUGAUCCUUCCGAGUUCGGAGAAAGAGCGCGGGCUCAUUCCUAAACAGCGGAUGGCAAUCAAGCUUAUGAACACUUUUGAAAUUGAAAUAAGAAAGUAUCAGGAACGAAGCCAGAACGGACAAUUUUUGAGCUGAGACCCACUUUACUAUUCCCUUCAUUUACAUUUUAAUUAAUGGCGUCAGGCUUACAAAGUUAUCGGGGCUUUUUAGAAACGGGCCCCUGCUAGCUUGUUUAGACAGAACGAUUCAUUCUGUAGAAGGUAUUGCAUACGGCCCGUUCAAUUGACCUAUCAUAGCGCACGUACUAACUGAGAGAUACGUUCACCCUUCAACUCCUAAGAGUGACUAGCAACUAAUUUCUCCUUAAAAUGUAACUCCUGAAUCAAACAUUAAGUUUAAGAGAUUAAAAAAAAAUGAUCGCCAACUAUUGGAGCUCUUGACUGUGAGACAGAUUCUCCUUCUCAGUAUCAUAGGAAAUGAAGAGAGAACUUUUUUAAUAUUCCUUAACGAUGAAUUUGAUUUCCCAUUUCUCGUCAGGUAUCUAUCUCAGCCAAGAAACUUUGAAUGCCAUCUCUGCCCGCUUUAACAACAAGAAGGGAACCCUGUGUUUUGACGACUUCCUGCAGAUUGUCUGCCGUAUUUACUCAAUUAAAGGUGCGCCGAUAUUCAGUUUUAUUUUGACGUAGGCAAACGUGGGAAACAACCAGAGAAUGUUUUAAGUAUUUGUUUGCUAUCAUUGCUUCGGAAUCACAUUAAAUCGUUAUUUGACAGUUGAUCACCGAAGUGGAGGUGAAUAGUGGUAGAUAUUUACUAACACGGGGGUUAAAAAUUGUUUUAGUAAACACCACAUAAGAACCAAUUUUCCUUCAAUAUACCAAAAAAAUGAUCGGAGCCCCAGACUUCUGGACCCCCGGACCUCUGAACCCCAGACCCUGUCACUAAGUCUGACGCUGAAUGAGUAUAGGUUAGUACUAGUGAACUGUCAGGGGAGGGGGCCACUUUCCACGGGAUUAACAAUGUUGCCAAUCGCUUUAUGCUAAAACAAGCGUGACAAGCUCUGCCGGCAUGGGCCUGGCACGUGUGCCUGUGCUAAUAGCGGUUUUCAUUUCUUAGAUGACUUUGACGGACAUGCUGACCGUACGGGUAAAGCUACGUUUAGCCUUGAUCAGGUAAGGAAGCGAUUAUUAUCCGUGCUGACUACUGUGCAAUUUUCUUUUUUUUUUAUUUUUUAUUUAUUUAUUUUUUUUGUAUCGUGGUAAUAAUUUACAGCUACAUCGAAAAUAUUUAAGUUGCGGUGAUCAACCUUGGAACUAAAAUGGUUUUAAGAUUUCCGUAUACCCCUUGAUUAGUCAGACGGUAGUUCGUCUUAAGUUGGAGUCGUUUCAUUUCGAGUGCUUUUCGAUUGAGUGUCGCGAAAACAAACGUAAAACUUGACGUAAAACCCAAACCAAAGUAAUCACAGCGGAAAAUCAGAAGAUUUUAAAAUACUUUUAAGAGCCAAUGAGAAGUCAAAGUUAAUCCAACUAAAUUGUCUGAAGCGCGGGAAAACGCACGUGACCAAGUCGUGAUUGGUUUUGGUUUUGCAUCUGAUUGGUUGAGAAAGGGGUGCGAGUUUCGUGGACCAAUCACAGAGGGAAGUAAGGCACAACCAACCCAAUCUUGAAGUACUUUCGACACUCAAUUGAAAUUUGCUUAGCAGGAAAAUUUGUUUGGCAUCCAGGAGCUUCUUAAAUGAAUGAUUAUUUCCUUCAUUCUCUUGAUCUUUACAUUUGACUCAAGGGUAGUACUGUGAGGAGAAAGUCAGGGGGGUCAACGGGUUAACGAUGGAGAAGAUUGUACUUACUUUGCAAAUGAUCAACUUGAGAAAUUUGUCCUAAAUUUUUAGUUACCCAACAUUGGUUUAUCUCUUCAAUAGCAUUUUCAUGAGUUUUGGUAUUAAUAGUUAUAAUUACUUCAUAAUUGCAUACGUUUUAUUCAAUAGCAUUUACAUAAGUUUUGGUAUUAACGGUUAUAAUUACUUCAUAAUUGCAUACGUUUUAUCGUUCAUCAUACGUGAUAUUUAUUUUCACUUUCAGUUCCUACGUACCUGUCUUACCAUGUAAUCUGACGGAGAUAAAAAAAAAACUGCUUGGUAACGAAAACUUUAGAGAGCUUUUCUAAUGUUAAUAUGAAACUAAUAACGGCAUGAAUUAAUGUUCUCACUUUCAAACUGAAGAAUUUAACUUUGCUGAUGCUGUCAAGCAAUAAUAAUUAGCGUUAAUUUGGAUCGGUAUUAAGCAUUCGGGACGCAUUCCGUAGCAUGAAUUACAUGUUAUCAGCUGGUAAUUGCUUUUAUUAGUUGUGCAACUAAAUGAAAGGAAUGCUUAGAGGAAGUUGGUGAAAGAGAAGCGUUGAUCACAUUCGGACAAUAAAACAGCCAUUUUACGUACGACUCAAUUGAGUAAUUUUGGCGAGCGAGUUUCAGUGUUUUCUUAGCAAAAAUAAUGGCCUCCAUCUUUGAUUUUAAUGACAGCGGAAGGCUGAGGAGAGAAAGAAAUUUGUACCAAGGGGGUGUGCUACAAUAAAAAUGAGGAAAGGGGGUGGGGGAGUGUCUUUUCGCCUUUCCCAGCCCCCUUACUCAAUUCCUUAGUCAAUUCUAACUCCAAAUCAAACACGGUUGAAUAAACGAUCGCGCGCUUAAUUGCUUAACGGUUACUUACCCUAAUAAGACGCCUGUACUGCAGGCAAAAAAUUUUUAGAAACAUCAGAACAAGGCAUUCAAUUGAUAAACCUUCGAUGAAUAACUAUAGCCAACUCGCCUCAUUUCCCCAUCAUUCGCUCGGUGCGUUUUUGUGUCUGAUUCGAGAUACCUCAAGUACUGGAUUUCAACACGGGAAAUAAUUAGCUGGCACUAAGAGUGCAUUUUACUCCUUCGACCAACUAAUACCAACUUUCUUUUCUUUUCAGUUUAUCACCACAGUUAUUACUUUCUAGUUUUGCUGAUACGGUUGUGCACAGGAGGCAUUUGAAAGCGUGGAUUACAUUAAACUAAAAACAGUUCGCGUAGUUGUCUUUGUCAUUGGUAUAUCACAUAUAUUUAGUAUGCUUUGUCAGCACUCUACAGAUUUGUCACGCAAUGGUGUGACAAAUUCCGAGAGUCACUAUUAAGCAAACUUAUUUCUAGGGGUGUGUUUCUAGUAUUUGGACUAUCCGAAUUUUCAAUUUCGGAAUAAAAUCAAGAGUAAGCUUAAUUAAUAAGAUAACUUAAACUGUUAAAAUAAAACUCGUCGAGGAGAUUAAGAAAGAAGUAGGGAUAAGUCGUUAAGGUGUGUCUGCGAAUUAACUGUUUCCACUUAGUAUGAGAGAAAGAUCCAUCGCCUUUUUUUAAUUAGUGUUUUUAUUAAAGUAAUCGUGUUUGUAACCACUAAAUAAGACUUAAAAAAGUAAGGGCAAUAAAGGUCUGAAACCAC